CGGUAGAUUAUAAAGAACAAUAAAUCAUUAGUUUAAUUAUCAGCUGACAAAUAAUACAAGAGUAUCUUAAUUUGCUUAGUCGUCAUUUAGUGACUAUUGCAAUAUUGUAAAGCUAUAUUGUAAAACUGUUUGCGUCAAGAUUGCGUCAUAAACUAACAAAUUCGCUUUAGCCUCUUUUCACCUCACUAUUUCUCAUCUUUGUUCCUAUGUCUAUUUUCCUUCUUAUCUUUCUGUCUAUAUACAUAUAUAUAUAUAUAUAAAUAUAUCUAUAGUAAUUCUCUAUAUUUCUAUCUUGCAUAAUUAUUUGCAAGAGCGUUAAACAUUUUGUGCUUUAUUCUCAAUGAUCAAAUCGAUUAUCGAUCGAUUCGUUGCAUGAGGACAUUUUUGAUAAAAGAAUUUCGAAGUUCCUUAGAUCAAUUAUAUUGAACAAUCUAUUUUUCUGCUUUUUUUCUUUCUCUCAUUUGUUUUUAAUAAUUUAAUAUAAAUUCUGGAAGGGAUAGUUGUGGAAAAUAUGUAUUGCGUGUGUCUCACGUUCACAUGAAUUGACUUUUUAUUUUCUUCGGAAAGCGUGAUAUACACUAGUGUUUUAUAUAUUUAGAAAUAUAUUUUAGAUUGUAGUGCGGCUCAUUUUACAGAUCGUGCAUUUACAGUUGUUAGCGCGUCACAUAGUUUAAUCCCUUCACAGAAUCUUAACUCCUUUUGAGAAUAUAAAUGUCCCUAUCGACGAAACGAUCCGUAGUUGAUCAAUGAGCAAGCACACAAGAUAAACUUGAACCACGUCCAAGAGGUAUUUAUUCGUGUCUUUAUUUUUCUUUUUCUUUUUUUUUUUUUUUAAUUUUUUCUUUUGUUGAUGUAAAUAGCCGUAACUGCAUAAUGUAAUAAGUAAUUCGAUUAUACUAUUGCCACUUAGUAUAAAAGACUAUCGAUAAAUAAUUAAUAUUAUUGUCAGACUGUAAAUAAAAUUAUUUUGUAUGCCAAAAUAAACCAAAUGUAUAACACUGAUACACGAUGUUAACACAAACGCAUUACACCGUAUACACAGAGAACACUGAAAAUGUGUAAUAACGCUUGCUGAGAGAGAAACGAUCGUGUAAUAGACAUUAAUUUUCGUAUAUACAUAUACAUACGUCUCGACUAUUCGGGGUCACACUUUUGAAAAUAUAUAAGAUGAAUGAUAUACCUAAUCUUUCUUUUUUUUUCUGUUAAACAAAGAAUUCAUGUUAUUCGACCAACGAUCCCAAUGUGUUUAAACAUGAUUUAAUUUUUUGAUUUAUCUUGUUUUUGUUUUUUUUCCUUCUUUUAUAUAUUAUAUAUAUAUAUAACCAAUCAAUCUCACUCUUUCAUCCUUUGCACAUCUUUUCUCUCGCUGUGCAUAUCAAAGCGGCACCGAAUGAUAAAGUACGAACGAUCAUGGAGAAGAGGAAAAACCAUGUUCGUUGUUCGUUACGAUCGAAUGUAUUAUAUGUUCGAACAUUAUAUCGAUAAAGUAAUAUGCCUUUAAAGCGUUCCUUUAGCGAACAAUUAUAAACAUAUACUAUAUAAAUAUAUAUUAGCAGUAAACGCUUUCUCGUUCUCGGCGUGAUAAAAUACGCGUCGGCCAUUUUUUCCAAACGCAAGAAUAUUUUUCAUUUUCAAUUAAUAUUAAUAUGAAAAAUAAAGAAAACUUUUACAUUUCAGACAGAGCGUGGAUUUCUAUACGAUAUAAGCACAACUAAAGAGGAAAAGAAAAAAAAAAAAGAAAAAAAAAUGUCAGAAUCAAGUUGAAUGAAAAAAAGUAUAUACGAAAAAUUUACAAAAAAUAAACAUAAAGAAAGAGCAAAUGUGCAUUAUAAAAGGAUUUUUUAUUUUUUUUUUUUUUUUUUUUCGAAAAUACAUAGUAAUUUUCGAAUCAACUUCAAUAUUUACUUCAUGAAAAUGCAUAUUACUUUCUUGAAGUUCUAGCUUUUUGUUGUUCUACGAUAGAAGUGACGUUUAUUGCUAAUCGUUUUUAAUUAAUAGAUAAUGUUUAAUGUAAAGCGUACAUAUGUCGCUGAAGCAGCGAAACAUAAUAAGGAAAAUCGUAUCGUCGCGAGUCGGUGUCGAAAAAUGAUGGCGAUAUGAAAAAUGACGAGAUUCGAUCGAUGGUAUUAUCGGCAGUGUUUUCCCGAAAUAAUAAUAAUAUUAUUAAUAUUAAUAAUAAAUAAAUAAUAAUAAUAAUUUAAAUAAUAACAAUAAAAAUAAAAAAAAAAAUAUUGAAAAUCCCAUUGCUUCUCGACAAAACAGGAAAGUUUUAGAAGUUGUUUUUUUUUCUCCCUUAAAAAAACCACUAAUUUUUCCAUGUUCGAGGAGUAUAUAACGAUGAAAUGAAAUUUUUAAAAAGAUGGACGAACGAGAAAGAAGCCAAGGGAAUAAUAACCCACGUCCAUGAUGUAUAUAAACUUUAGUAUAUAAGGAGUUAGAAGAAGAAGGAGCGACGAUUCAAAGAGAAUGUAAAUACAUACAUACGUACAUAUAUAUAUACGUAUAUAUGUGUGUGUGUGUAUAUAUAUAUAUAUAUUCUCUUAUUAAUAUCGUUCGCAAGUCGUGCAUUUGUAUUUCGCGCGUGUUUGCUCGCGCAUCUUCCCCUUCCACUUUUUCCCCUACUCAGCUCGACGCUCACUGUCAAGCUCGAUGAAACUCGACGUCAUUGAAAAGACGCUCGGGUUCGGAGAAAUUCUCAGUUGCGAAGAUACGAGCGUACAGUUUGUAUGGUUCAUUUUGAAAUCGUGUAUGCGAGUAUUCCUCCUUUCCAUUUUCAUAAAAAUCGAAUAUCUUUGCUUUGUUCGAAAGCCACGUUGUUAAUAUUGAAAAGUUUGAAUUUCUGUAAUAGGUGAAUUUUAUUUCUUUACCAAUUGGUUUCGUUAAUUGGAGAAAAGAAAACUACAUUCAAAGUUCACUGUUUGUUAUUAUUAUUUGGAAAAAUUUGUUUUUUUUCUCUCCUUUAGAAGCAGUGAUGGAUCAUCACUUAUCGAAGAGAAAAUCGUUUAAAUUUUUGUCGAACGACAAAAAUCUUUACUCUUCGAUGUAAGAUCAUAACUAUAAAAUAUCCAAACUGAAUUGCAAAAUACUGGUAGUCGGUGGUGGUACUGGUGGUUGUACUAUGGCAGCAAAAUUUGCAAGAAAGUUUAAAGGAUCAUCCGAUCAAAUUAUAAUAGUCGAACCAGAAGAAGUUCAUUAUUAUCAACCACUUUUUACUUUAAUCGGUGUUGGUAUGGGUUCAUACAAUUAUUCAAAAAAGCCAAUGAAGAAUGUACUUCCACGAAAUGCAAAGUGGAUAAAAGAUAGUGUAAUUGGUUUCGAUCCAGAAAAUAAUCAAAUUAUUACAAAUAAUGGUGAUACAGUGCAAUAUGAUAUUUUAAUUAUUGCAUUAGGUUUACAAACUAAUUGGGAUCAAUUACCAGGUUUAGUAGAUGGUCUUAAAAAUGCAGAAUCACAAGUUUGUUCUAUUUAUGGAUUUAACACUGUACCUCAUGUAUUUGAUAAAAUUAAAAAAACUAAGGAUGGUACAGCUAUAUUUACAUUUCCAAAUACUCCUGUCAAAUGUCCAGGUGCACCACAGAAAAUUGCUUAUCUCGCUGAAGACUACUUUAGAAAAACGAAUGUACGUAACAACAUAGAAGUAAUUUAUAAUACAUCAUUACCUGUCAUUUUUGGUGUUAAAAAGUAUGCGGAUGUUCUUUGGAAAGUAUGCAAUGAAAGAAACAUUAUUGUUAAUACAAGUACAAAUCUUGUAAAAAUAGAUGUAAGUAAGCGAGAAGCAACAUUUGAGAAGUUAGAUAAUUCAGGUGAAACUUGUACGAUGACAUACUCAUUGCUACAUGUAUGUCCUCCUAUGGGACCUCCAGAUGUUUUAAAAUGUCAUCCUCAAUUGACAGAUAAAAAUGGAUUUUUAUGUGUAGAUUCUGGUACAUUAAAACAUGUGAAAUAUUGUAAUAUAUUUGGAAUAGGUGAUUGUUUGAAUACACCAAAUUCUAAAACUAUGGCAGCAGUAGCUGCUCAGGCAAAAGUUCUUUAUAAGAAUAUCAUUGAUGACUUAGCUGGUAAACCAAUGACAAUGAUGUAUACAGGAUAUUCUUCUUGUCCACUAGUAACUGGACAAGGUAAAUGUAUAAUGGCUGAAUUUGAUUAUAAAUUACAACCUAUGGAAACAUUUCCCAUAGAUCAAUCCAAAGAGCUAUAUCUCAUGUUUUUAUUAAAAAAAUAUUUCUUCCCAUUUAUAUAUUGGAAUCUUAUGUUGAAAGGUCUAUGGAAUGGUCCUGAAUUUUUCCGAAAAUUUACAAGUUUUAUGAAACCUAAAACAACAUAAAAUUAUACAGUAACAACAGUACAUAUUAGUUGAUGUAACCACAGAAUUUUAAUAUGUGACACCAUAAUUUAAAAAAAAGCAAUAUUUUAUUACGUGUAUAUAUAGAUUACAUCAUUCUUAUAUUUUUACAUUAUCGAAGAAAAAUAAAAACUUUCAGAUGUUCAUAUUUCGAUCCUAAGAUUGUAAUAUAUUGUACAGAGUAUAUGUGGUAUUAUAUGAAACAAUUAAUAAAAUAUUUUAUUCUUAA